GAUGGCGGCGCCCAUGACGGCCGAGGACCGGAACGAGGACGGGGCGUCGGGGCUGCAGCGGGCGGUGGGCGGCCUGCAGCUGUUGCUGGGCCGGGGCGCAGGCACCGGCCCGCUGCCGGCCCCGAGACCCGCCGCCCCGUCGCCGGAGUCGCUGCGCCUCGGGCUGACCGCGCUGGAGGAGAGGCUGGCCCGGGACCCCCAGUGGGCCCCCCUGCGCAGGGCGAGGGCCGAGGUGGCCCGGCGGGCCCCGGGGCUGAGUCCCGGCCCCGGCCCCGACCCGCCCUGGGCCGCGGCCUGCCAGGCGCUGCUGCUGCUGCUCUGCCUCAAGCGCUGCCUGGCCCGCCUGGCCGCCGCGAGCCCCGCAGCCGGCCCGAGCGAGGCCGGGGUCCCCCCUCCGCUGCGCCCUGACGCCCUGAGCAUCGCCCAGGAGGGCGCCGUGCAGGCGGCGGCGCAGCUGGCGGUGGCGUUGGGCCUCCGCCCGUACCUGCUGCCCGGGGUGGCGCCCCCGCCGCGGGACAAGGCCGGCCUGCUCUCCGCCCAGCCCGAAGCCCCGCGGAGGCUCCUCGCCGCCUGCAACGCCCUGGUGGAAGUGGCCGAGUACCCCGAGCUGGGCAGGCUGAUCCUGGCGCGGCAUCUGGGCGACCUGCUGGCUGGGCUGUGCCAGCUGGGCUUCUGCCCCGCGAGGAAAGCCUGGGCGGGUGCUGAGAGGCAGGGGCUGACGGAAGAGGAACAGAGCAGCUGCAAAGAAGCCUUGCAAGGCCUUUUGGACAAAGUGUAUCAGCCCCUGGUGGUCCGGGAACUGCUGCUUCUUCAGGGGGGGCCUAAGCGGGCCUCCCAUCCCAGCCAGCAGAACGACGAGCCUUGUAUGGCACCAGCACCAGCCUGGCUUCAGCGCCUUUGUGGGCACCUGCUGUCCGGGAGGCUGCUAAGACCUGGUGGAGUUCAGGCUGUGAUCCAUGGCAUCCUGGAGGGAGCCGGAGCUGGGGCUGUGGGGGGCAGCAGUGCAGAAGCGGCAGCAGCUGACUGGCAGAAGUGCGAGGCCAUAGCCAAGAUCCUGUCCUCGUGUCCUCAGCAGUCUCUGUCCCUGGAGGAUUAUUGUCAACAGAUUUGCCCACAGAUUCUGCAGCUGUUCCUCAUCCAGGAUAAGCUGAUGGUGCGCCAGUUCCAACGAGUAGUGACCGCAACUGUCCUCGCCAUGGUGAGGCAACAUCCACAGCAGGCAGAGAAGCACCUGCUGCGUCCCCUGCUGAAGCCCCUCUUGCGCUGCCUGGGGGAGCCAGAAGGUUCCCUGGAAGACCUGCCAGCUGGGGCGGUGCUGGUGGAAGAGGAGUUGCUCUCGGGAUGCGUGGAAACAGUGUACAAGGUCUGCGUGGUGGGUAAUGAGCCCUCGCCUUGCCUCUUGGGUGCCCUGCAGCCUGUGCUGGGGGCCAUCUUCUCCCUCUGGUGCUUCACCAAGCAGAACGUGUCCUCCUUACGCACCCCCUGCCAGGAGAUCCUGCUAUGGUUCCUGGAGAAGAGCGAGCAACAGGCCUCUCUGGCGGCCCUGGAAGGCUUGGCGGAGCUCAGAGGAAGCCCCUGCCUGCCCCACCCCCAUUGCCAGUUCCAGGUGGGCAGUGAAGGGGGCGUGGUGGCCACCAUCAAGGAGGCUGUGAGUGACGAAGACGAGGCUCUGUAUCAGAAGCUUUCCUCAGAGCAGUGGCAGCUGGAGCAGCUGGUGGACUUGCUGUCUCACUGCCGGAAGGGCAGCCUAGCCGGAGACUUCUUCCUGGGCUGCUUAAAGGAGCUGACCCAGCUGGCCUCUGAGACGGACCCUGCACCCCCUUCGCAAGGGCCCCCCCUGGAUCUGGAGCAGCUCUGCAACCCAGCCUUCCCCCAGCAGAUGAGGCAGCUGCAGGUGCUUCGGGUGGUGGCCAUGCUGACCGAGGGCAUUUCGGACUCCUUGCUCACAGAUGUCAGGCAGGUGGUGGAGUUUGUGGCAGCCACGCUUCAGCGGGCCUGUGCAGGUCUCUCCAGAGGCUCAGUGGGCACUGUGGAGUCCCAGACGCUCAGCAUGGCUAUGGGGCUGGGGGCAGCCAUGCUGGGCGGGGCCCUGCAGCUGAAAUCCGAAGACUUUGCCAGCCUGAAGCAGCUGGUGCCCCUGCUGGAUGAACUCUCCCGCCUCCACCCGGAGCCUGUCAUUCAGGAGCUGGCGGCUGACUUGAGCAUCUCCAUCUGCACCCACCGCGCCUUUCCCACUGCUGCUUGCAAGGCCCAGGGCAGGAGUGUGGGUGGGGCAGCAGGCCAAGGGAGCGCGGGCACCCCAGAUGGGACCCCCAGACCUGGGGCACCCCUGCCCCAGAAGUCCCCCAGGAGCCACUCAGGACAGCCUCAGGGGAUGGACUCGGUUGCCAAGGAAAGCUCUGCCCCCUGCAGCCCCCAGAGCCAUCUGCAGGCGCUUCUCUCGGGGGCUUACAGCCCUGACAUUCCCACGCGAGCUGCUGCCUUGCGCCACCUCUCCCGGAUGAUCGAGCAGAAGGAUCCCGGAGCCCUGAAGACUCGGGAGAAGUUGCUGAAGGUUUUUGUGGAAAACCUGGAACAUAAAGACUCCUUUGUUUAUCUUUCUGCUAUCCAAGGUGUGGCCCUCCUGUCAGAUGCCUCCCCACAAGAUGUCCUGCCCUUCCUGCUGACCCAGUACGCGGGCGCCCCGAUGGUGGAGACCAGGAUGAAGCUGGGGGAGGCACUGCUGCGCACGACACGAGCCCUGGGAGAUCUGGUCUUCCAGCACAGAGACACGCUGAUUCAUGCUUUCCUGCGAGGAGUCCGGGAUCCUGACCACUCCCUCAGAGCCAGCAGCCUGUCCAACCUGGGAGAGUUGUGCCAGAUCCUUGGUUUUCAGCUGGGGUCGGUGGUCCACGAGCUGGCCGCCUGCUUAGCAGCUGUGGUCAAAACCGACCGUGAAGCUGAGGUCCGUAGAGCCGCGGUCCACGUGGUGGUGCUUCUCCUGCGGGGGCUCAGCACGAAGGCGGUGGAGGUUCUCCGCGAUGUCCUGCUGGAUCUUUACCGCCUGCUGAAGUUCGUGGUGCGCUGCGAGCAAGAUGAGGUGACAGUGCUGCAUGCUCAGCUGGCCUUGGAGGAGCUGGAUGGCCUCCUCAGGCAGUUCCUCUUCCCCCCCCAGACGCUGCAGAAGAAGAUUGAGAUCCUGCCCUAGGCGGCUGCUCCGGAUGGCCACGGAACUCUGCCACUCAAAAGCCCUCGCCCGUGGCCUCCCUGGCAACUUCCGCGUGAACUUUGCCCCUGCGGGGCAGACUCUGUACAGGCGCAGCUUUGUUGCGUGGGGCUCCAUCCCCACCGAGAGAAGCAUUGGAGGGGACGGGAGCAGAUCAGCCAAGGCAAUAAAUUAAGCCCAGUAGUGGCAUAUUUGGAAA